AUGCAGUCAGAUACUGCUGAUUGUACGAGUGAAUACUACACUUCGAAUGAAAUAUUAGAAGGAAAUUCGUCUCCAUCAUACAUUGAAGUAAUCAGUGCAGACGAAAACCACGCUGAAGAAGUUCAAAAUGCUGCUAUAGGAAGAUCAUCGCAAAUAAAACAGGAAGCGAAGAAAGAAGUAAAGCAGGAUAGAAGUCCAAAAGAAAGUACUAGAAAGAGAAAGGAGGAUAUUUUAGAUGAUUUCUUCGCCCUCGGAGAACCAAGUAUCAAGAAGAAAAAGAAAAAAUCGAAGAAAUCGAAACAUGCCCACAAAGAAGCCACAGAUGCAGAAAGUAUGAUAGAGACUUCUCUGAAAAUUCAACAAAUCAGCGAUUCAAUAGGCGAUAAUGGAUCUUCGGAAGUGGAGGAGGUUAUUAUAUCUAGUACUAAGACUCCGAAUCGAAAAGAAGAACCAUUAUCGAAUAGAAUUGGCUCUGUAACACCCCCACCUGUAUUUGACAAAGAGGCACUAUUGGCGAAACACAUGAAGCUGGAAAGACUGUCAGAAGCCAAUAGCUUUGAUCUAGAAGAAGAUGAUGAUGAUGAUCUAGAGAUUUUGAAGCGCUCGUCAUAUCGCAGGUCACAUACCCCUAGUGGUUCACAAGGAGGAUAUCAAUUUACCGAUGAAAAUGAAAGUAAACGAAAUUAUAUUUUAAAAGUAACUUCUAAAUUGGUUGAUGGAACAGACAUUAAUUCCACAUUUCGAACAAAAGGAACCAAUCGGUUUUCUAAGACCCUAGAUACUAUUACAUUAUAUUUCCUGAUGGUUCAAGGUGUUAAAUACACGAGCGAUGAUGUUUCUCUAAUAUGGAUAGAUGGGCGAAUGGAAAUCAAACCUUUUUUUAAACCAAGUACUUUGAGGGUGCAACCGGAAACUCCAACUGGUUUGAAGAAAACCCCAAAUACCUCUGCGUACUUAUAUUGUUUGCUUAUUCCUAAAACAAAUUUGGAUAACUUUACCAAUAUCUACCCAGAAUUUGAAACAAGCGCAUCCUCACUUAAAAAAAUUACUGAUUUAGAAGAUGAGAUAGAGCAAAUUGAUGAACAGGAUCAAGAGCCAGAUGAUACCAGUAUACUUGAGGCGAAUGAUGUGUCUUCUAGACCAAUUGUGAUUGAUUUAGAUGAGGAGGAGGAGGAGGAGGAAAGGAACAGUGAAAACUAUUUUGUGAUAGGGCUCAAGGGUAAAGAUAAUAAAAGAAUUGAGGUUCAAGUAUCGCCAGUAACACAGAUUCGGAAAUUGUUGCAAUAUUUUUUAAAGACAAAGGGCAUGCUAGAAUCAGAGGUUAAUAUGAAAAAUGUGAAACUAAUAUUUGAUGACGAAGAGUUGAAUUUGGAUGGUAUUGUAGGUGAUACUGAGUUAGAAGAAGACUUUGAAGUCCAAGUGGUUAUUUAA